CUUAUCCGGCAAUAUGAAGCCUACGGAUAAUUAGUAAAACAGCUGUUUUCAUCGUCUCAAAUCUAAAUAAACUCGCAAAAUGUUUGGAAACAUUAAGAAAAAAUUAAGUAAUGCUUUACAAGAAGGAUUCGUUAUAUCUGAAAGCCUUCAGCAGCACUAUAGACGCGUUAGUACUCCAUCGACACCAGUAUCGCCUAAUUUUGAGGACCGCUUCAAUAGUGAUCGGUCUUCUUUAAGGAGUUCUAGCACCACUGAAGAUUUGGUGGACGCAGUUCCUUCAAAUGUUAAUGUUGCAGCAGGCUGUAAUUUACUUGCCAAAUAUGAAGAUGACUGGGUAUCAAUUAAUAAAAUGAGCGAAGAAAAUGCGAGAAGAGCUGACCAAAUUGCUACCGAAAUUGAUAAAAUCAAACAGAAAACCAUGGAACAACGUGUAGUGAUGACUGAUCUCAUUACGUGUCUGUCUGGAAUACCAGGGCUUAUAGUAAAAUUAGAAAAUAGUAAGAAAACAUUGCAGGACAUAACAGAGUUUGCAACAAGAGUGGAAAGAGAAACGGAUGUGUUACAGAAUUUAUGUGAAGAGUGCGAAAUGCAGGAGUUUAUUUUACAAAAGCAGUUUGAAUUAUCACAAUAUAAACAGAAGAAAAUGGGAGAAUUAGAAGUUUAUCGCCAAAAAGUUGCGGCUGAACAUCAAGGAAAAAUAAGACAGCAUGAGGAACACUUGAAGCAAAUUCAACGGGAGCGUCAAGCAGUUUUCGACGAUGCGUUCCGUGGAGACGUAGAGGAGUUUAAGCAGAAAGGCGUUAUAACAAAAAUAUCUACCGAAUCCAAAGCAAAAGUUACGUUAGAAGAAGUAGAUUUGCAGGAUGAACAAACCAAAGAUGCUUUGGAAGAGUUUCUAAAUGGAUGAUUAAUGCUUUGACAUCAGCUUAGACAGUUAAUUUGGGAUUUUUUAAAACGGGAACGAUUAAAAAGAACAAACCUGCUAUUUUUUUUAUUGUUAUAAUACCAUAUGAAAACAUUCUUAUUUUAUUAAAUUUCUUUUGAACUGAUUGUAAAUGUAUGUCAAUAAUAUUCAAAUCGUUUUAAUUUUUUAUUCU